UUACUUUUCACCUAAAAUGGACAGGUAUGGGCUCUUUAUUAAGAGUUUAACGUGCAGCGUCUUAUGACGCUGUGUGACUCGUUGCUUUUUCUUUUUUUUUUUUUCUGUUUGUUUUGUUUUGUGGAGAGGACUGUGAUCAGAUAGGCGCUCUGCUGAACGUCCCAGGAAACAGUAAUCCACUGUUUUUGGUCCAUGGAAAAGUCUCCGCUUUUAGGUGUCCGUCUGUCCUUAAAGCAACGAUAUUUUCUCCUGCUUUGCAUCGCUGUUGUGGCGAUAACCGCUUAUCAUUUUACGAGAAACCAUCCACCAAAAGCAAGAAUGAAGCGUGUAGAGGGCCUAAGAGCAAACUCCCCACAGUUCACUUUGGAGAAAAAACCUUUCCGCAUCCUGGGAGGCUCUGUCCAUUACUUUCGCGUUCCUAGAGCCUAUUGGGAGGACCGACUGCUUAAGAUGAAGGCCUGCGGCAUCAACACUCUGACAACCUAUGUGCCAUGGAACCUGCAUGAGCCAGAGCGAGGGGUGUUUGACUUUAAGGAUGAGCUGGAUCUGGAAGCUUACAUUCGCCUUGCAGCAAGCUUGGGCCUCUGGGUAAUUAUACGUCCCGGGCCGUACAUCUGCGCUGAAUGGGAUCUGGGGGGUCUGCCUAGCUGGUUGCUACGAGAUCCCAACAUGAAGCUGAGAACGACCUACUCAGGAUUCACAGAUGCAGUCAACUCCUUUUUCGAUAAACUAAUAAAAAAAAUAACUCCAUAUCAGUACUCUCAGGGUGGCCCAAUCAUAGCAGUUCAAGUUGAGAACGAAUAUGGCUCCUACGCCACAGAUGACAAGUACAUGCCUUUCGUACAGGAGGCGUUAUUGUCGAGGGGUAUCACAGAGCUGCUGCUGACCUCUGACAACAAAGACGGGCUGAAGCUCGGAGGAGUGAAAGGAGCACUGGAAACAAUCAACUUCCAAAAGUUGGACAUAAAUGAGAUCAAGUAUCUGGAUGAAAUUCAACCUCAGAAACCUAAGAUGGUUAUGGAGUACUGGUCUGGCUGGUUCGAUCUCUGGGGUGGGCUUCAUCAUGUGUUCACUGCUGAGGACAUGAUCCCAGUAGUCACAGAAAUUCUGAAGCUUGACAUGUCCAUCAACCUGUAUAUGUUUCAUGGAGGGACCAAUUUUGGCUUCAUGAAUGGUGCGUUGGCUGUUGGGAUACCAGCACCUAAACCCAUGGUGACAAGCUACGAUUACGAUGCUCCAUUAUCCGAGGCUGGGGAUUACACCACCAAGUAUCAUCUUCUGAGGAAUUUAUUCAGCAGCUACCACGAUGAACCUCUUCCUAAUCCACCCUCUCCUCAUGCAAGGAGAGGUUAUCAGCCUGUUGUCAUCCAGCAGCAUCUAUCUCUUUGGGAUAGUCUCCAUGCGACAGAAGGGCCUUUCAAAUCUGAGAGGCCAGUAAACAUGGAGAACCUCCCUGUCAACAACAAUAACGGUCAGUCGUAUGGCUAUACGCUGUAUGAGACGACCAUAGCCAGCGGAGGAACUCUCAACUCAAAGAACAACAUCAGAGACAGAGCGCUGGUUUUUGUGGACAAACAUUUUGUUGGUGUGUUGGACGAUAAGGUGCAGGAACUCGUACUACCCGAUGGGAAGGGAAGCAGAACUCUGAGUUUGCUGGUGGAGAACUGUGGAAGAGUGAAUUAUGGGACAACUUUGGAUGAGCAGCGCAAAGGUCUUCUUGGUGAUGUUGAGUUAAAUUCGCACAUCCUCCGAGACUUCAUUAUUUAUAGUCUGGAUAUGAAACCAGACUUUCUGAACAGAAUUCAGAGUUCAAGCCAAUGGGUGUCUAUGCAAAAGCAGCAGCCUGCCUUCCCAGCCUUUUUCCAUGGCAAACUUUAUGUGAACGUCCCUCCUAAAGACACCUUCAUCAAACUUCCUGGAUGGACCAAAGGGGUUGUGUUCAUAAAUGGCAGGAAUCUGGGAAGAUACUGGUCUAUUGGACCACAACAAACUCUUUAUGUCCCAGGUCCUUGGCUUCAUAGAGGGGACAACCAGGUCGUGGUGUUCGAAGAGCAGGAAACAGAUGGUAAACUCCACUUCACCAAAAGCCCAGACUAUGGCAUGACUGUUGAUGUCCAGUGAGAAUAAGAGAGACAGAGAGAGCAUGAGCAGAGCCGACAUAACUGCUGUGAGCUGUGUUUACAUGGAUCUGGGCCACUUGUCCUGAUCAGAGGGACUAAGGUGUCAAGAAGACUUUGAGUUGUCUUUCCUUUUUUGUUUAUUUAAUCAUGCAUGUUUAUUCAAGCAUUUAUUUUAAUAUUUCUUUUAUUUAACCUAAUUAAUUACAUGAACGUUCAUACAGAUUUAGGAAAAAUUGUUGUGAUUAUGUGUGAUUUGUAGGUAUCCUUUGGUCUUUGUUGUUUGUGGGGAAAAAAAUCAAUAAAGCCUGUUUUGACCUCUGUUUGCAACCAAAGCCACAGAAGCUUGUGAGCUAUUUAUUUUCUCCAGCCUUUCCUGCCUAAUCCUCUGAAGAUUCACUGAAAGCCUCUGCAGAGAUAUCAAGGUUACAAAAUCCCUUUGAAAAUAAUGUUUUUUUGUUGUAGCUUCAUGAUAACUUCAUGAUAUUCAUGUCUUCAAGCAUUGUCACUGCAGUUGUUUCUGGCUGAAAACUACUUUAAAUAUCUACCUGAUUCACAUCUUAGUGACCACUUUAUACUACUUUAAUUUUUAAUGUAUUUCAUGCAGAAUUUAUUUUAUAAUUGAAGAAAAAUUGAUUACAAUGUGAAUAUACAGAUUUUCAAAUCUUCCCUAUACAGAUUAAAAUGUUUUAAGUGAGGCAUGUAUUUCCAUUUAAACCUUCUGAAUCAUUAUUUCUUAAAACCUUCUUUCAGUUGAAAAUCUUUGCAGAGUCUAGACGCUUCGCUCACAUAGAGAUCAAAAGCUUGUCUAUUAUUUGUGGAAUAUUCCAGACUGAA